AUGGCGACGAUGCGAGGAACGCGUGUGCCUAUUGGCUCCGCGUCAUGGAUUAACGAAGAACGAACUACAGCCCUUAGCAUCGUUCAGGCUGAGGCCGAGGAGUUCUCCUUUGCCGCGAGAAACGAGUUUGACUGGCUUAAUGAGCAUAUGGCUGGGGUCUUCAACGAGAACGAGAUCAAUGUCGCCGAGAUCUUCAAGACACCUGGAAAGCUUCGAAGCAAAACGCCCCGCACGGCGCGUAAGGUCGACAAUGGCGAACCUCGUAUCCCACUAUCAGAUGUGUUCUCUUCCACUCCCAACGGCGCCCCAAACACUUUCACACAACAUCUUACUCGCGCUACUCCCACUGCCCACCCUGCGCCAUCAACAUCAUCACCUUUGAUCAACAGGAAUAUUUCGCCCCUCAAGGCUGCCCCCUCCCCUAGGCCGGUUUCGAAACAGCCCGUUGCACUAGCCGAUUCCGGAUACUAUGGCAGCCAGGAUGUCGACAACAUGGACAACGAAGAGGAAGACGACGACGACAUGGAUGUCGACCUGAUUGAAGAGGAGACACAGAUUGGCGAGCCACGAUCGAGCCCCCCAAAGACUGCUGGACGAACCGGCCAUGUCGCCUUCGAGGCCAUCGAGCAGAACGCGCCUCGAAGCCCUACCGAAACACGCACUAUGCGCUCUCCUGAAGUUACUUUUCAAACGGCCAAGGAGGAACAGACAACGCGGGUUAUACGCGAUCUCAUCGAGGAAGCUCCAUCCCCAGCAUCGUCCAAGACCUCAGCUGCCCCAAGCCCGGCCAAGGAAGCCAGAACGCCCUCGCCUCCUAUCGUAUCACCCAAGCCUCGCUCCGCAAAAAAAAGCGUGUCGCCUAUCAAGGCCUCACCACAGAAGCGCUCCCCAGCGAAGCAGUCUUCACCGCCAUCCUCACCUGUGCUUGGAGCUGCACCAUCUCCCAUGCCCGAGCCUUCGCCUGCUGCUGAAUCACAGGACGAUGUGGACGUCCACAUGGACGAUGAUACACGAUCACCGUCCGAUGACGAGUCGAGCCCGAUCCGCCCAGUCAGAAAGAGCAGCCUCAACUUUGCUUCACUUCCUGCUAGAGAGCCUCUUAAGAAUAAGAGUAUCGGGGCUCGCGUCUCUAGGACCAGCCACUUGGAUAUGAACCGUCAGAGUUACUACGGUCGGCAAACGGGAGGAAAGAGUUUGGGAAACAACAUGGAACUACUUGGGGAAUCAGAUGACGAGGAAGGCAAUGACGACGGAAUGAGCAUCGAUGGCUCAGCCGAAGACACAAAGGAGGUCGACAACUACGCCUCCAACCACAACAAGACAUACACUCAACGACUACAAGACCAAAUCAACUUGCUCGGUAAAUCUCAACCGAACGCAAGCCGACCUUCAAAGUCGAUCCCGAGCUCAGCGGUUGCGCAACAGCUUGCACAAACGACUGCGACACAAUCAGUUGCAGAUGCCAAGGCAGCAACACCCGCGAAGAGAUCUGCUGCACCACCGACUCCUGGGGCGUUCCCGGAGGACGAUGAUGAAGAAGACGAAGUGGAAGCGGGUGAAGAGGAUGAUUGGAUUGCACCUCCUGUGCCUGCGAAAGAUACGCCCCUGGCCAGUCCACGACCGCAUUUGCCUAAGAGCCACACUGCGGACGUCAUGGAAGGCAUCGACAGGGCAGACACCGUCAGUGGCCCUGAAUUUGCUUUGCCUAAGCAGCGGCAAUCUCCUGGUCGCUCAGGCUCCCCCAAGCGGGCACCUGUCAUCCCUGAGCGUACUACCAGUGUGUUUGGACAUGGCAAAUCUGCUUCUGUUUCUGUCUUGCCUGAUCUUUCCAAGGACAAGAUGGUUGAAGACCUGUCUCCAGCCAAGAAGCAUGUUUCAGUGUCCAACCCUCUGUCAGCCGUGCCGGAGGAUGGACGCCCCGAGACUCCUCAAUCGCCUACACGAAGCUUCCGGGACAGUCCAUUGAAACAGGUCAAGAACAAGCUGUCUUCCAUUCUGAAGAGUUCCAAAGGUCUUCUUGCGAGCAGUGCGGCCAUCAGCGCUGAAGGCAAAUCUUCGCUAAUGUCACCUUCCACCGCUCGCUUUGGCAUCAACCCCGGUCCCUCUACAGACUCAAUUGUACCCCAAUCAAUCGCCGCAGAGCCAUUAUAUCCUGACCUUUCCAAGCGAAUUGCAGCCGAUGCUCAGACACUUUCCAGUAUAGGGAGCCCUGAGAAGCCCGUUGCGCGCAGAACGCGGGCUUCCGUUGAGAAGGAGAAGGAAGAUAAGCGUAAAGAGAAAGAGGCCAAGCUGAUGGCUGAUCAGAUGAGCAAGCUGGACAAGGCUCGUGCAGAUGAGCGGGAAAAGGCCCGGACUUUCAGCAAAGAGCAAGAAAAGAUUGCCGCAAUGGAGAAGAAGAUUGCUGCUCAAAAGGAGAAGGAACCUGAACAAGAGCAAGUCAGGGAGGUUGAACGACCUGCUCGAACGCCGGCGCCUAAGGAUGCACCCAAGCCCACAAGAACUAGCCCCCGCAAGGCCAAGGCUCAGGCUGAGGCCGAGGCUGCUGCCCAGGCCUCACAAUCAGAAAAGCCCGACGUCGAAAUGGCUGAAGCGCCAACCCCCAGGCCCCCGCCAUCCGCUCCUCGCUCUGUUGGCCCUAGCCAGACGGCCAGGCAGCGGGAACUCAGACGUCCAAUGAAGCCAACCAAGGAAGCACCCAGCAAGAUCAAGCAAGCGCCUACCGUCAUUCGCGUUAACACCGGCUCGCAACACUCGCAGUUCCACCCCUCCAACAGCACACUAUCAUCGGGUCUGCAAGAGACACUGGGCUCGUCGGUCAAGUCCAAAUCAAGCCAGCCAGGCUCACAUAGCAAGCAAUCUCUGGCGAGCAUGAAGAGCUCUGUCUCGUCCAAUGGCCGACCGAAAGCACUCGAGCUUGCCGCCAAGCGAAAGGAACAGGAAGAGCGGGAGGCUCAAAGGAAGAGAGAUGCGAAGCUCGAACUCGAACGGAAACGCGCUGCGAUCCAAGAGGAAGAGCGCAAGCAGGAACUGCAAAGGCGACAAGAGGCGGAGAGACAGAGGGAGAGGGAGAGGGAGCAAGCCGAGGCGAAGAAGAGUGCACAGAGACAGGCAGCAAUUGAGCGUGCCAAGCAGACGCGAGCACCACCACCUGCUGUGCGCUCUCAGCCCAAUGGCCCUCCCGACUACACUGCCAGUCAACGCUCCGAUGGCCAACCUCCCCGGCCUCCGUCCCGAAUGAACUCCAUGGCCCAUCGGUCUCAAGAGGAUCGACCAGUCAAUGCUGUUCUUUCUAACGCUUCGAAGCCAGGCUCAAAGCGCCCCCUGCCGCAAGACAGCAGAGAGGACAAUGGCUCUCGCAACCCUCCCGCACGUAACGGGCAGUCUUACAAGACCCAGGAAGCCAAGCGUCGUCGCACUAGUGAUGACUUUGCCGAUGAGCUUGACAUGGACAUUCAACCACCCAACAUCAAGGGCCCCCCUGUUCGCCCUCCGUCAGUGGGUUUCAAGAAGGUUAGUAACUCAUUACUCAGUGCGCACGACGGGAGCUUUGCUGACGUGGAUCAUCAGGACAUGCCCACGAAGUCGACGUACGGCUACACCAACGCACCGCCGAGUGCCUCCAGAGAUUUGUUCAAGUCUACCGUCACCGCCCAGCACCACAGCACAAUUAAGUCCACAAAACAAGUGGAUAUGAAUCAGUUUGCUCAGGGACACAUUCCAUUCGCGCCUAAUCCAAACCCUGCCGGCCCGGCUCACAAGACACCGGCGCGACCUAUGGGUGCUGCAAGCACAAAGUCUACCGCCAAGGCUACGAGAUCGUCUCCUCGAUUCCAAGACGGCGAAAAGAUUGAGUUGCCUGAAAUCGAUACAGAUGAGGACGAGGAUGAUGACGACUCCCACUUUGGGGUUGCCCCUUGGGCUGAUUCGCCUGAUUUGAGACGCGCCCUCAUGAAACAGGAAACCAUGAAUCCUGAGGGUAUCUUUGGGCCUCCCCGCGCCCUCAACAUGGAGGAAGUGUUUAACAACAAGGAGAGAUGGCACAAGUUCCGCGCGCGCACAUCAAGCGCCAACUGGAGUGGAUCGGAUCGCUUGACAGAAGACGAGAUUAGGAAGGAUCUUGCAGCUCGCGACAAGCUUCGCAGAGAGGGUGGUUGGUCCUACGAGAUGAGCAAGGACUUGAUCUAUGAUGAGCCUCGUGCUUUCAUUCGAUCGCAUGGAUGGGAGAGCACGGAGAGCCGCAAGCGCAGUCGUGCCACACCAGCGAAACCAGACCACAGUAUCCCAUCGAGCUUCAAGAAACGGAAGCUAGACGCCAACGGCAACCCGAUUGUCGCUUCUUCUCCGACGACACCCAAAAGUACUCUCGGGGCCAAUUCAUCCGCUCUGAAGAAGUCCGCUCGCAGUAAAAUCACAUCCUCGCCCGUCUCGGCAUAUGACGUGCCAGACUCCCCCGAGGACAACCCGCCACGUCGAAUCCGCAAUGUAAGAAGCGUUGACCGACCGACUGCCAAGGUUCCGAUCCCGCCUCGCCGCAAUGUCGACGUUGAUAUUUACGAUAUUCCCUGCUCCGACGAUGAGCUGCAUUCGAGCCCGAAGGAGGUGAACUCGCAGAAAGCGAGCCCUACGAAGAGAAAGAGCAACGCCGCGGCCGGCCACGAUGUAAAUGAGGUCAAUGGAGGGGAGACCAUCGAGCAGCCACAGCCUCAAAAGGGCAAGAGCAAUAAGGUGCUGGGAAAGGACGAGAAGGUUGCUUCGACGGAGGAGUCUUCCUCGCAGAUACGAUCAAGCGGACGCCGGAGAACUCUGACAGCGAAAGCCCUCGAGCAUGUGGAAAAGGUUGCGAGUCGCUCUGCGACUCCGACUUCUCACGCGAGAUCUUCUGCCACUGCGAAUGAAGUACCGGAGUCCAAAAAGGCUACAGGGAAGGCGAACCGCAACAUAUCUAUGCCUCUGAAAGGUAUCUUGACACCGUCCAAGCGGGACGGUACGCCGAGAAGGAGUAAGAGCGUAGCGUUCGAUUCUGCUAGUGCUUUGGCUCAAGAGGAGGUGUUUUUCGAGGAUCUUCCGACAAAAUCUGGGAGAAGCCGAAAACCAUCACAAAAGGUGGUUGAAGCAAAAGUAGUAGUGGCGAAGACCGCGAAGUCACGAAAGGCGCCGCCCAAGGUGAUUGACGAGGAGUCACAGGAGGAAGAAGAUGUGGAGUCAGAGGUCGAAGAACAGCAAGAUGAAGAACCGGUAGCAGAAGCGUCAAAGCAGGAGGAAGAGGAAGACGAGGACGUUUGUUCGAUAUGCACGAAGCCCGAUUCCAAGCCUGGGAACAGAAUUUUGUUCUGUGAUGGCUGCGAUAAGGCGUUCCAUCAAAAAUGCUACAACGUGCCCAAGGUUCCCCGGGGAGACUGGUUCUGCAACGAUUGCGUUGGGCAGAAGCAGUCGCGAGCAGUGGCAGCAGACGAGGCGGUGAAGACUCCCAAUUUCGCAAAACACCUGAGCAAUCUGCAAAGGGUGCUACUAGACCGGUGUACGGGUCGCCGACGAAUCAAGCUGAUUGACCAGGAUGACGCCUACGAAAAGGCGCAUCGGCUGGUAGAGCAGACGGUACUGGCUGGGGAGGGCAACUCCAUGCUCGUAAUAGGGGCAAGGGGUUGCGGCAAGACCACGCUCCUCGAGAGCAUAGUCGACGACCUGUCUUUGCAGCACAAGAAGGAAUUCCAUGUUGUAAGACUAAACGGUUUCAUUCACACCGACGACAAGCUGGCCCUGAAGGAGAUUUGGCGGCAGUUAGGCAAAGAGAUGGAGGCGGAGGACGAGGCCAAUGCUCGGUCAAAUUACGCCGACACAAUGGCCUCGCUGCUUGCACUGCUAUCUCACCCAUCGGAAAUGGCACAGGCGGAAGAGGGUGUGACGUCGCAAGCGGUCGUCUUCAUCAUUGACGAGUUUGACAUGUUUGCAGCGCAUCCCCGGCAAACGCUGCUCUACAACCUAUUUGAUAUUGCACAGGCGCGUAAAGCCCCUAUCGCGGUGCUGGGCUGUACGACACGCAUGGACGUAGUAGAAUCUCUGGAAAAGCGCGUGAAGAGUCGUUUCAGCCACCGUUAUGUCUACCUGUCCCUCCCAAAAAGCUUGCCGGCAUACUGGAAAGUAUGCAAGCAGGGCCUUUGCGUCGAUGACGAGGACAUGGACGUCGAGGGCAUCGAUGUCAGUGUUGAUGGACACGAAGCUUUCCACGCAAAUUGGAAGGCUAUGGUUGAGGUUCUAUACAAAGAAAAGGCAUUCCAAAGUCUAUUGCAAUACCACUACGCAACGACAAAAUCCGUCUCGGCAUUCCUGUCAGCGUGCAUCCUUCCCCUCUCCGCGCUCUCGUCUACAUCUCUAGACCUCGUCAUUCCGCCAACGCCCAGCGGCGCGGUCGUCUCUCUCACGCCACCGAACUCCAAGCUUCACCUUUUGUCGUCGCUCUCAGAGCUGGACCUGGGCCUCCUCAUCGCAGCAGCGCGACUGGACAUUGUGGCACACACAGACACGGUCAACUUUGCAAUGGCGUACGACGAGUACGGCUCACUGAUGGGUCGGCAGCGGGUGCAGUCGGCCAGCUCGGGACUGCUGGCCCUGGGCGGCGGCGUGCGGGUGUGGGGCCGCGGUGUGGCUGUUCUCUCAUGGGAGAGGCUCGUUGCCCUGGGGCUGCUGGUGCCGGCGGGUCUCGGGACGGGUCGGGCUUCGGGGUACGGCGGGCUGGAGGGGAAGAUGUGGAAGGUGGAUAUGGCGCUCGAGGAGAUUCCCGCGGGGUUGAAGUUGAACAACGUGUUGGCGCGGUGGUGUAAGGAGAUUUGA